AUGGCCGACUCUACCUUCCACACCACCACCCAGGACAUCCGCAAGGCUGAAUCUCACGCCUCCCACGCCAAGGCUGGACAGACUCCCGCUGACUCCAACGUCUCCGCCAUGAAGUCUAUCGUUGACCAGAACAACGCCGAUAAGGGCUCCAAGAUCGAGCAGACCAAGGCCAACCUGCCUCUGCCUGACCAGCCUCCCGUCGCUAGCGACUGGAACUCCUCCGAUCAGAGAACCGUCAACGUCGGCUCUGGCGGUCGGGAAGGCCCCGUCUCUGGCGAGAACAACAGUGCUCUCAGAGAACCCGCCACUGCCAGCAGCAGCGUCCGCGUCGAUGGUUCUGAAUUGCACCAGAACACACAGCCCGGCAGCAACGUUGGCCGUCAGGGCAAGGACAACCUUGAGGGUCUGCCCAAGGACGCUCUUGCCCGGUAA